ACGCUAUUUCGCGGUUCCUCCGUGGAUUUUUACGCGUGCUGUUGCCUGUGGAGGUGUUACACGCGACUCGGAUAUUUAAGAACGUGCAAAAUCCCCCUUGAUCGCGUCCAAGUUCGCGUUUCCGUAGCUCGCUUCACGCUCUAUCCAACGCGUCGCGAUGCCGGCCAGCCACCGACGUCCGAUCGCCGUACCGUAGUCACUGCUCAUCCCCCUACCAACCGCGACCUCGCCUAGCACCUCCGCGACACGACGUGCUCACCCGCCCCAUGAGCAGCCAUGUCCACCCCAUGCAGUACCAUGGCGGAGAGUGUAGCCAUGCAGCAAACGACGGCGUCUCCAGCUGCCGUCGAUGAGGAUAAUAUGGGCGACAUUCCGCGAAGACCAAUGCGAGUCAAGGUACUCUACACGUUCGAUGACCAGAACAAGUCAAACUGCCUUGCACGGCUGCCGAACGCUUUGAAUGUCCCGGUGGUGGCUCUUGACGAGAACACACAGGUGGGAGUCAUAGAACUCAAGACGUGCAUACAGGCAAUCGUCGCAGCAAGCCCGGAACUCGUAGCCAGGCUGGGUCACGACUACACCGUUUACGCCUAUGACUUCUCCGAGUACGAGACGCCUCUGGUCGGCCAGGGCAUGCUAUCAUGGAUCCUUGCCUCUGCCUCUACUACUCCAAAUGCCCCUGCCGACGAAUCACAAACCAUGGUCACUGGCCGUGUGUGCAAGAACAUCCUGGGUCUCUUCUCGAAUGGAAUCAAGGAGACGCUGGAGGUUAAGCUCAAGCUAGUGCCUGUCCCGACAUGCAUGCAGAAGGAAUACGUCGAGAACAUGGAGCGCUAUCACAGCCUGAGCCAGCUGAUGCCUGAAAAGUUCGACUACAAUGCGUGGGCCGACUUUCUGAAGGAGAACCCCACUCUUGGUCAACUAGCACAACCGGCUCCAGGAUUCUUCGACACGCCCGCACAACGCUCUUCAUUUGGCGGCGUGGAGCCAUUCCACCAGAUGCUUACCCGCCACAGCCCUUCUCAGGAGCCAAUGCGGAACGAUGCCUUCUUCGACGAAUCAAAUAUGUCAUUCAACUCCCAGCCGACCCGAGCCUCCAGCCCUGCUAUGAGCAGCAUCUCUUUCCACCACUACCAGUAUAACCCAGACUCGCGACCUGCGUCGAGAGCCUCCGUCCGGAGCGAAGCUGGUCCUGUUCCACAACAACACGCACAACAACAUACACAACAUCACACACAACAAUAUCCUCAGCAAUAUCCUCAACCUCACACCCAACAGUUUCCAAAUCAACCCAACUAUGUUAUCGAAGAACAGGAAGAUGGGCCACCAAGGAAGCGAGCGCGCAUUACCCAAGCAAAGAGACCCAAGAAGACUCCCCUACUUACCCAUCACGAGUCGUUGCGUGUGACCGCCAGUACCGCCGCUUCUGUACGACUCCAUAAGCCUCUUACGGCCAGUUCCGCAGCUGCACUUGCCUCCGCUGAGCUGGUACCUCGGGCUCCUACCCCUCGACCGGGGGAUGCAGCUUUCGGUCCGCGUGGACUUCGCCGUCCCCCAGCACCAAGUACUUUGCGACAUGCCUCGAUGGAUGGAGGUCGUCCGUACAUGUCUCCAUACGACACCAGUUCCUUCUCGGAUAAUGCAACGGACUCGGCCGAUGAUGAAAGAGGGGUAAGUCCUGGUGACACACCCACGGAUCUGCCCUCCUCCCCUCCACUAGUCCCAAAACGUACUGUAUCACCUUCUCCGUCAAGUCCAAAUCUGCCGACUCUGCCUCCCCCAACCGAUUCUGGGUUUGUCAGUGACAUGGUGCUGGGUCGUGAAGACGAUGGCAUGGAAUCUGGAAACAAAACAUGGGACGGAAGUGAUCUUCCUACUGCACCAGAAGCAAGAGCCAAGCGGAAGCAGACGAGAUCACAGCAACCUUGGCAGGAAGUCAAUCCAGGGCCAACUGAGCUACUCCCCCAGUCCUAUGUCCCUCGACCGAAACAAUACGUCCCCAGAUCACGUUCGAUGCUACCAAUUACUGAGAGUGUUGAGCAGGAUACGGACAAUGUGCAGAUUGCCAACUCGUAUGCUACGAGAGACGGCGCGCUCGAGUUGUGUGCAUCACGGCAGCAACAGUCGAUCAACGGGGCAUGCACCAAACUGCAUCCUGGUCAAGAUAUGUCACAGCCAGAUGGCUUGAAAGCCGGGUCGCCAGAUACUAUCGUAUCAUAUGUUUCUCCCGCUAGCGAAAAUGAAGUUCAGAUGUACAGCCGCUCCGCGACACCGAAUCUACCUACACAGAAACCGAGAGCAUCGAGAGCGAGAGGGCUCCCAAGAUCACACACUUGGUCUGGUGCGGGCGAGCCUAUGUCAGACGCGCCUAUUUCCGUCGAUGGUAAUCCUCGGAGUGGUGGACACGCUAAGAGAAAGAAACAACUGAAAGAAAAGUUGGAGAAGGCCAUUGCCGCUGGAGAGAUGCCUGAGCAUUGCAACAAUUGUGGGGAAAUCGACACGCCAACUUGGAGAAAAGCCUAUACUCGUGUUGAACUCGGCUCACCCGAUGGAAUCGAACUUUCUACUGAAGCGGCAGGCACUGGUAUCGUUGGUUAUGAGGUUAUCGAGCCCACGGAAGAUAACAUUGCCGAGAAAAAGUACCGUAUCUUCAAAAACAACAUAACACCAGAGGAGAAGACCUGGAAACUAUUUGAGGCGCUCACGCUGUGCAAUCCUUGCGGAUUAUGGCUGAUCAAGAAGAAGGAAAUGCGGCCGCAGAAGCAAUGGAACAAGGCGGCAAAACCUGCCAAACGCAAGCGAAAUCAGACCUCAGCUAGCCGUUCAAAAUCACUAGGGCAGGAUGAUGACUUGGUGUCCGAUGCCGUCGUGCCUCCAUCUGAUGCUAUCGUGCCUGUUGAGCAGGAAACGAUCGUUGCUUCAUUUCAAGGUGCUCUGAAUGAAGAGAUGCUACCACCACCGCAUGUCCAAGAGCGUGCAGAAAGUUUCCAGACGACUGAGAACGAAAUUGGGCUGAAUCACGAAGCGGCACAAGCGGCGUUUCGACGUGCGGUUGAGUCCAGCCCAGCUGGUUUCCGCGGGAGUAAAAACUCUCCAAUUGAUAUCGAUCCCGACCUCACACCCAGACCCACUCGGCGAAUACUUUUCCCAUCGCCCCGUAAAGAUGGCGAGACCAAGUCUUUGGUUGACAAUCAAGUUGUUCCUUCUACAACUUCCAAAGAUGCUCCAAGCCACGUUGCUGACAAGGAUGCUCCAAUAGAAAAGCCCCGCUGUGAACGAUGCAAGAAGAUCAAGAAAGGCUGCGAUCGCGAACGACCCUGCCAACGAUGCAAAGAUGCCGGUAUCGGCCAUGAUGGUUGUAUUCCGUGCGAUGUGCCAAAGGUGGCGUGGUUCAACCUCGACCGAUUACGAUCAUUGCCAAGUGUCGAGCAGGACACUGCUGACAAGGAAAAUUGUCCACCACCACCAGUCGCCCAGGAAGAUCAUGACUUUACUGACCUAUUUGAGGAUCCUGUCUCUCCAAUAAUAACACCAAAGAAGAGUCAGCCUUUCCAAGAUCUCCUCAAGACCCCAACGCCAGGUUCUCGUCGUCGGCCCUUACUGACCCCAAAGCGCGGUGCUGAGAGUGCUGGCCUGCUCUUGACGCCGUCUCGUAAUAUAUUUACACCACGAGGCAGCCGUGCUGCGACAAUGGCACCCGAAACCCCGUUCACUCGUCAGCUCAACGCCCUUCUCAAGUCUGACGGCAUUACGUCGUCUCCGGGUCAAGCCCUUGAUUUCUCCGAAUUUCCUUCUUUCAACACACCUGGUCGUACCGGGACACAUUUUACCGACUUCAUGCCUGACGACUUUCUAUCUAGCGACAUGCCUAUGACGAGUUCACCACCGAGAGCAGGUACUCUCGGCUUAGGCUUCGAUCUGUACGAGGACCCGAAUACAUCGACCAUCGGGCUAUGGAGCGAUGCGAACAUAUUUGGUAGCGAUCUCUUGAUGUCAGGUUUUGACGACGGACACCAGCGUAUGGAACUGGUUGAGGGUCCAGACACCACCGCCCUUCUUAAGAUGAAUGUGGGUGGCAUCACUGUUGACUUUGCGUCAAUGAUCGAAGAUGUCGUUGGCGUCGUGAAUAAUGAUGCGGAUAUGGAGGAGAUACGCAAGAGCACUGAGGUUGAAAGCCAAAGCCUGGCGAAGACACCUGAGACUCCUGUAACAGAGUAGCUUUCAAGACUCCAUUGGAUAACGACGGCCUUGACAUGACGAUUCGACAUUUGCAUAUUACGGAAGGCGUUCGGCGAUUUGUAUAUGCAUGAGCGGCAUUACGCAAUGAGAGGAUGAAGCAUGAUUCUAUUGUAUAUAAACGGUUUGAAGUGGUGGCUUUUUGGAAUAUCACGACGCCAAUUGGCAUUCGAGUAUGAGCACUAUGAUUCGCCUGUAGCAGGGCUCUGAAGACAGCCAAUACAAUCAAUCGUCUCUUCAUCUUUUGAUGCAUGACUUCUUCUAUCUCAGCCAUGCUUUGUUUCACACGACUAGUUGAAUAGUGGUGUUCUCGAUACAGCUCGUCACAUGCUUGACGCGUUAUCCACGAAACGCGCUAGCACCCCACAAACGCGAGUCCAAC